CGAGGCUUUCCAACCUUUGUCUCUGCUCUUGAACAUAAUAUUCUAAUAAAAGAGAUAGAGACAAUGGCGCUUAGCAGAAAAAUAAUCCUCGUGGUUCCCCUGAUCUGUUGCUCGCUCCUUUCCGGCAAUGAUGCCGUUCCCUCUCAUCGCAACAAACUGUUGGGAGAGCUCCCGUCGGCAGCCCCAGCUCCAUCUCCCUCCGACAAGCAAGUCCUCGACCUCGCUGGCAACGCAGUUGACACAGUGGCGUCAAAACACAACGCUCAGCUAGUGGCGCUGUGCCAAGACGCAGAGUCGCCAACUCUGUGCGUGGACACCAUCGCGCCAUUCAUCCAGGGCGCACUUGACCCCGUGGUGGCCCUUAAGGCCGAAAUGGGGGCGACCAUGAACAUCACUGUGAAGGUCUCUAAUACUAUCAAGACGCUGCACGCCAAGCCAGAAACUACUAAAGACGAGAAAGCGUCACUAGACAUAUGCGCGGACCAGUACUCAUCGAUUGUGGAUACUAUAAAUGACUGUUUGGAUUCCAUCAAGCAGAACGACGUGUACGGUGCCUGGAUGAAGUUUGCGGCGGUGCUGUCGUACCAACAGGCAUGUGAAGAUGCUUUCAAGGAGGGCGGAGGGUCCAUUCCCUUCCCGGAGGAUUCCAAGACUCUGUUCCAGCUGGGUGGUAAUUGCUUGGCCAUCCUCAUGCAUCUUUCCGGCGAAACCUCGCCUUAUUGAUUGAGGAGCCUGCACAUGCUCGGGACCUGCACCGUCAAUGAGUCUUUUUUGUUGUCACUCGUCUGUGUUGUUUCUUAUCAUCCUUUUAUAUUUGUUGUUCUGGAAAGACCAGACACAUGCGACGCAAUACAUCAGUUUUAAUCGUGGACUAUAUAA